AUGCUCCGCCGACCCCCGACAACGCUCCAAAUCACCGCCGAGGACGUAGCCGCCUACGAGGACCGACGCGCAAACGAGGCCCUCGCCGCGGCGCAACAGGCACGCACCGAAGCACAAGCCUACACUCAGGCGCAGGCACAGGCACAGGCUCAAAUGGAGGGCGUGCAAGAGAGCCCCGACGCCGCGGGGAGGAGAGCGCGCGAGGAGCGGCUGGGCAUCACGCGGCGGAGGUGA